UCAGAGGACCUUCUCCCGCGUCUCUGAGCGCGUGUCUCGACCGCUGUCUGGACCCCUUUUCCUCUUUCUGUGAUGAAGAGGGAGGUUGUUGGUUAGGCUACGCGCCCCGCUGAGUGGCAAUUGCAUCUCAUAUUUACAAACUGAUAAGCUUUCUCGCGCAUUUGUUUUAAAUAUACGCUCCUGUGUGACGCGUUAGCAAAUAAGAGUGGAAAAAAAGCGCUUCCCGUCUUGGCCGGUCUCUGUUUGUGUGCUUGUAUGUGUGUGUGUGUGAUUGUGUGCAACAUAACCGGCUUAUUUACAUUAAAUACGCCACAAGGUUACAGUGCAGAUGAGCGUCAUUUUAUCACUCAUUACUUCUCUCUUAUACUGACUGAUGCUCGCGCUCUCCGCUCAUCUCACUGGACUUUUUCUCGAGGAUACAAGACUUCAGAUACUUUCCCCAAAAGGAACUUUCAGCUGACAGUGUGUCCCGGUCCUUGGUAUCUCACAGAGUAAGACUCAUCGCUGCUGUCAUCGCUUGUUGUCGUACAGACUCAGUGGCGGGGUGAGUCACGGUCUCUUCAACCUGACGGGCCCCGGACCAGUAUGCUGUUAGAGUGAUCAGGAUGGAGGAAUCUAGUUUGUGCCUUGGUGUAUCCUCGGUGGUCUCGGAUGCUGACACCCAUCUCAGCAACGCAGUACUUAAUGGCCGCUACCCAAUCAGUCAGAAACUGCAUCAGCUGACUGCUCAGCUGGGUCAUGCCUUUCCUGAACUACAGAGUCGCCAACAGAUCCCAGAGGAAAAGGCAGCCACCCCGCUGGAUGAGAAAACCCAUGCUGCCUUAGCUAGUCAGCCAAUAAGCAGUCAGAUGGCCUUACUGGCCAACCAGCUUAACCGUGACAUGGAUGUGGGAGCCCUGAGUGGUCUCAAUGGCCGUGUUGAUUUGCAACAAUUUCUCAAUGGGCAGAACUUGGGAAUCAUGUCCCAGAUGAAUGAUAUAGAAGAUGAUGCCCGCAAGAACCGUAAAUACCCCUGUCCACUAUGUGGCAAGCGCUUCCGCUUCAACAGCAUUCUGUCUCUUCAUAUGCGUACACACACUGGAGAGAAGCCCUUCAAAUGCCCUUAUUGUGACCACCGAGCUGCUCAAAAGGGUAACCUGAAGAUUCACCUCCGCACCCAUAAACUGGGAAAUCUAGGUAAGGGCCGUGGUCGUGUACGUGAGGAAAACAGGCUUCUUCAUGAACUAGAAGAGAGAGCCAUAUUACGUGAUAAGCAAAUGAGGAACAGCUUGCUGCAGCCCUCUCAACCUCUUCCACCCCAAUUGGGUAUCCCGAGUCACAACCAGCAACAGCCUGGUUCUGCCUGUGGCCUGCUCACUCCAACCAGUAUUGGGGGCUCGCCUGAUGGACUGACCCAGCCAUCUGCCUCACCUAAGCCCACAGGUACCAACCUGCAAGAUGAGCAAGCCCUUAACCCAGCCCAAGGAUUCCGGUGCACUUUUUGCAAGGGUAAAUUCAAGAAGCGUGAGGAGCUAGAGCGUCACAUUCGCAUUCUUCACAAGCCCUACAAGUGUACCCUAUGUGAAUUUGCUGCUUCCCAGGAGGAGGAUCUCAUCAGCCAUGUGGAGAAAACCCAUAUUACAGCUGAAUCAGCCCAGGGACAGGGUACAGGACCGGGCAGUGGAGAGAAGCCCACCAAUGAAUUUCGCUGUGAAGUUUGUAGCCAGGUCUUCAGCCAAGCUUGGUUUCUGAAAGGCCACAUGCGGAAACACAAGGACUCCUUUGAACAUUGCUGCCAGAUCUGUGGACGGCGUUUCAAGGAGCCCUGGUUCCUAAAGAAUCACAUGAAGGUACAUCUAAACAAGCUUGCCAUAAAGAACAAGCCCCCUGUUGGUGGAGGAGCUGAUGAAGAUAGGCCCUCUAUGAACAGCAUGAGCAGCCUGGCUCAAGAAGCCCACGCCAACUUGUAUUCACGAUACAUUUCUUGUCUCCAAAGUGGCUUCCUCACUCCUGACAAACAAGGCCUGGCUGAACAGCAGCACCAGAUGCUGGCCAAGGCUGGUAUAGCUAUGAAGGAGAAGGAAAUGCUUGGAAAGCUCCUGAGCCCAAUGGCCAGCAUGGGCCAUGGCUUAGGGGAAAAUGAAAAGCGCUCACUUUUGGGUUGCCUGAACCUUGUGCCCCCUCUAAAGUCAAGCUGUAUGGAACGCUUGCAAGCCGCAGCUAAGGUGGCAGAGAUGGACCCCCUGAACAGCUAUCAAGCCUGGCAAAUCAUGGCACGUGGAAUGGCUAUGGAACGCUCCUUCAUGCCAAAAGAGCCGCAUCAUGGGGGUCACGGACAAGAAGAUGAACUUGCCAGUGCAGCUGGGAUUGUUCACUUUGGGAAAGAAAAGCUUGAGCACCCUACCUUAGGCUCUAGCGAUGGUUCCAAGCAGAAGCAACAUCCUGAUCUCCUUCAUGGAGUGAAGACAAGUGGAGGCAUGAUGUCCUUGAAAGAUGAGGGUGUAAGCUUUGAUAGCCACCGUGAGUUCUUGCCUCACCAUGGGGGUCUGGGCCUAGGUCAAGGGCUUGAGUACAGCCUGGCUGGCCUAAAAGAGAAAGCAACUGAGUGUCCUGACUGUGGCAGAGUCUUUAGAACCUACCACCAGAUGGUGGUCCACUCCCGGGUGCACAACAAGGAACGUCGAACCCUAGAGGAGAGCUCCCAGCAUGGUCUGGACGAAAGGCGUGGCUCAGCUAGCGACCCUGAAUCUCAGUCCAUCAGCCGAUCCACCACCCCAGGAUCCUCCAAUGUGACAGAGGAAAGUGGUGCUGGAGGUGGACACUCCCAAACAGGCAGUGUUCAGGAUGACAGUCCCCACCCUUCUUCUCCAUCUUCAGAUGUCGGGGAGGAGGUGGCUAAACCUGUGGCCGCUGUCCAGCCCCCCACUACCCAGCACCGGGACAGGAGUGUGGGUUCAAGCAUAAAGGACUGCCCCUACUGUGGAAAAACUUUCCGCACCUCCCACCAUCUGAAGGUCCACCUAAGAAUACACACAGGUGAAAAGCCCUACAGGUGCCCUCAUUGUGACUAUGCAGGCACUCAGUCAGCUUCUCUGAAGUACCACCUGGAGCGCCAUCACCGUGAGCGGCAGAAUGGAAGCGGCACCUCAGCCAACCACCCUCCAACCACUGAACACAAAGAUGACCAUGGCAAGAACAGCAGCAGCAGUGGGGUCUUUGCUCGUCCUGAUGUCCUGCGCGGUGUGUUCAAAGGCAUGAUGCCCUCUGGUCUUGACUUCAGAGGGGGUCAAAUGCUCCCACACCAGUGGGCUCCACCAGGAAUGCUCUCACCCAGAGACAGAGACCGUGAAAGGGAGCGCGAUCGCCACGGACCGGGGCCUGAGCCCACCACAGAUAACUUAAAGAGUCCUGAGGGACCAGCCUCUGCAGGGGACAGUCCUGCCAGCUUCUCCGACCUGGGCCGGGCCUACCAGAGUAUGGUGGGAAAUGGAGUCAACUUCCAGGGCUCCCUGCAGGCUUUCAUGGACAGCUUUGUCCACAACUCCAUGAAGAAGGAGAAAGAGAUGAGAGAGAGUCAGCUGCAUGGCCAGCACAUUAGCCAGGAGAGCUCCGAGGCCAAGAACAAAAGAGCUAGUGAGGGCAACCAGGAAGAGAAUCCCACCAAUGAUGUCAAACCAGCUGAGGGUGGCCGCUCUCAGUAUGAGCCUCUGGAUUUGUCUGUUAGACCUGAAGCAGGGUCCCUCCCAGGAGCCUCCAUCACUAUCCAGGACAAUGUCGCCUGGCAUGGCUGCCUCUUCUGCUCCUUCACAACUGCCUCUGUGGAGCUGAUGGCCCUCCACCUCCAAGCCAACCACCUAGGUAAAGGCAAGGGUGGCCCAGGCAAAGAUACUAAGGAGCAUCUACUGGGAGAGCCUUCCCAUGCUGGCAAAUCUACUGGCUUGGCUCCUCUACCACCAGGCCUUCAUCACCAUGAGGGAGCCCUGUCCAGGGAAAGAGAGGCUGAGUCUGGGGAUCUGAAGGGACAAGCAGGCUGGUCCAACCAUCUGGAGCAGCCCCCGCAUGGAGCCUCUAUUGGAGCAUUCUCCAGUGACUUCUACAAGCCCUUUGGUCAUGUGUAUGAUAGCUCUGCUAGAGGGCCUGUUGGAUUCCUGGACCAGCAGCAAAUUCAGCUGAAUGAUAUGGGUGGUCAAGGCCCUCUGGACGACCUAUCCGACAAGGCAUCUUGCAGCGAGAUAGAGGCCCCCGAGGAACAUGGUGGCCAGUCUGAAGAAGAUGAAGUGAGUCACGAUAAAUUGUUGCCCAACCCCACUGCUACAGAGAGGCAUAUGCGUUCAGAUGACGAAGAGGAGCCUGGAGAAGAAGAGGAGAUGGAGAUGGGUGAUGCUGAGGAGGAGGAUCGUGGAUCCAUGCAAAUGCUUCCUGAAUCUCCACUGUCGGGGAAUGACAUCCAAAGAUGCAAGCUAAAUAUGGGCCCCCAAAGCUCUGGGCUUUCUCCUCCUCAGCCUUCCACCCCUGAGAGGCAGUGGCAGCAACAGCAGGCAAGCCUCGGUCUUCUCUCCUCGAGCGGUGGUCCUCCUGGCCUGGUAAAGCCUGAUCAGGCCCACUUGGAGCAUCAGAUGAACAUGCUAUCUGUCCUGCGGGCCUACAGUUCAGAGAACCUUGCAGCCUUCAACGGAGGCCUUGGCGGUGGCUCCAAUGGAGGAGGCAGUGGCACUAGCAGCAUGAAAAGAAAUGACCCCUCUGGAAAAAAGCCAGAGCUCCCGCUGUUCCGAGCGACAUCUCUCCCCUCGCCGUCGUCUCUUCCUUCCUCUCCUCCUCUUGUCUAUGGCAGGAGUCACAGUUCAUCUGUGGGCGGAGGAAGAGGCGUCCCGAAGGUUUGGUCCUGCUCUUACCCCUGAACAUAGCCUAACUGACACAGAGAUGCAGGACUAAUCAGAAACUAACAUCACCUCCCCCUACUGGACUGAGCGGCCAAGAGCAGGCGACGGAAAAGAGGACGAGGAUUGUGACAAUGAAGGACAUUAUCUUAUCAAAAGCAUUAUUUAACGUAAAAGACUUCAAGAGAGAGAAGAAAAAAAAAGACUAAUAAAUUGGACAGCUCAGAUGGUUUCCUACACGAGCAUUCUCGCUGGAUGGAGGGAAGAAGAUCUGUUGAUGUUUAGUGAGCUGGAAACAGUGAGGGGAAAAAAAAAACAACAUUUUUUUUUGCUUCCUGUGUUUUAUGUGUCUUGAAUCCUCCCUUGUGUAGCUGAUAAAUACUUUCUGUGUUUUUAAUUGCUUUUUUGACUUUGACCUAGUGAGGAAACAUUGAAGUGCUUGUCCCUCAGAGCAACACAUUCCUUGAACCAAGAUGGUGGAGAGUUGCCAGUCUCAGAAUGAGAAAAUGAGAAACCGUACAGACUUCCCUCUCUCUCUCUCCCUCUCUCUCUCCCUCUCUCUCUCCCUCUCUAUGUCGGUGUUUCUCAUUGCCCACUGAAUCUUCACCAGUGUUAUUUGUCUGAGGCUUCCUAAACCGUUCCUCUGGACGUUUGGACCAACUCGCUACACGUUUGGAGACCAAGCACAUCCUUGUCAAAAACUCAGCACACUCUUAGCAGUCAGUGCCUGGACGUCAAAACAGAAGAAUGACAAUCCAGUACAUUCAGGAAACGAGAACACUGCGUUUAAAAAAGGGAAGCUACGCCUUUUUCUUUGAGAACUGGCUCUGUGAUUUCACGAUUUGUUGUGUUUGUGAGACGUUCAGAGCUGAACUCCUGAGAAAGAGGACGCUGUAGCACUCGAGACAAAAAAACAAAACAAAAAAACAGCCGAGGUGACGGAAGAACUAGUUUACAUCGAGCGUGUCUGAUGAAACGGCACGAGCCAAGGAGACUGCGAACGCGCAGCCUGCAGAAAUCAAACAGAAACGCGGCCCCUAACCCUACAUGCUUUGAUCUCAGUCUUGCUCACUUCAAGUACUCUGGUUAUGAGAUUGUGUUUGUAAUAUACUGCCACCAAUCAGUGUUGCAAAGUGUUACUGACUACUGAAAUGGUUUGAUGUAUUCAAUUAUUAAUGAAAAAGAAAAGAAAAAAAGAAACAAGUAUUGUCUAGCCAUAGAUACAGUCAUGCGUUGUUGCAUUUACAAAGCUAGCUGUUUUAGAGUGUAGGUAUUAGAUUGGAGUAUUCUUCUCUAGUACUGUAAUUUUUGCCUUUCACCUUUGUAAAAUACCAAUAACAUUAAAAGAACAGGAAAAAAAAAGAGAAAGAUUUGACAAUCUUCUUCUGUUGCUGCAAGCAUAUAAACCCAUACAGUAUAUAUAUACCCAUAUGCCUCAUGCAAGCAGAUACAAACUGAGGUUUUCCCCCCUGAAGUAUUUUGCACUGUGAUAGUAAAUGAAAAUCCAGUCUAUACAGUACGCAGAUCGCUAACGGAAAAUGAAGGUGCGUGUGUGCGUGCGUGUUUGUGCGUCCCUUGACGUUGUGGACUGAUAUUCUCUCUAAUCUUUUGUGAACUCUGCUGAUUUGGUCUGUGUAGUUCAAACUAUUUCAUCUUAUGAUGGUCAUCUAUGUUGCUUUGAGAAUCAAUUCAAUGAACUUCAUCGAAGUCAUUGUGUGUAGACUGAUGCGUUCGAGUCCAGUCUCUUCAGAUAUAUUCUUUAGUUGUCCUCUUUGCAAAAAAAUAAAAGAAAUACAAAAAAAUUAAAACACAUCUCUGAAAAUUGAACUUGUUUUUAUAGUUUCCAAACAAGGUUAUGUCUUAUUGUAAAUGCUACGAUUAAAUAAAAAAAUAAAUAAAUAAAGUCUCAAAGUGAAGCUGUUUAGUGAACUAGUUUCAGUAAACUAGUACAGGCUACGGUAAGGUAAAGGACUUAUGACAGGGGGGGUCAGUGAUAGGAUAUGUAUUGACCAAUCCCUAUAUACACUGGUUAUAGAUGAGCACACCUCUGGCUCCCUCCUCUGUGUAGUAUAACUGAGCAUCUCUCUCUCUCUCUCUCUCUCUCUCUCUCUCUCUCUCUCUCUCUCUCUCUCUCUCUCUCUCUCUCUCUCUCUCUCUCUCUCUCUCUCUCUCUCUCUCUCUCUCUCUCUCUCUCUCUCUCUCUCUCUCUGUCAUUCUGGACUAAUAUAUGAGCAUUCCACACCUCUGAGCUGUCUUGUGGACUGUAUGAUUUUCAUUUGGUUGCUGUAUCUUCAUGGCAGAUGCUUUGUUUUGUAACUACUGAACUGUACUUAUAAUGAGAAAUAAAAUGUAUUCAAACUAUGAAA